ACAUUUGGAUCCAUUUGACGUUAAAAUUGCGCCGUCACCGUAACAUCUGCUUGAAGACUACAGUGGAGCCGCGAACUGCGGUGUGAGACGCAAAGGUCAGCGGGAGGUCAUCCUUUUCAAGAUGGCUGCCGGGACUGAUCAUAGAGAGAUGGGCAGACCUGGUGAGACACCCUCGGAGAGUAAGGAGAGCAGUUUUAGGACAACUCCCAAGUCUUGCUUUACUGUUAGCCACACAGGAGAAAAUCCUGGGGAAAAUGCAUCAGCCCAACAACUAACAAAACACUCUGGUGAGAAACCCUACGUUUGUGGGGAGUGUGGGUACAGGACAGCUCGAAAGUUCAACUUAUCCCAACAUAUGAAAACCCAUACAGGAGAAAAACCCCACAUGUGUGGGGAGUGUGGGUACAGGACAGCUUACAAGUCUGACUUAUCCCGACAUAUGAGAACUCACACGAUAGACAAACCCCAUGAGUGUGACCAGUGUGACUAUUCUGCUGCACAGAAAAGUGACCUAGACCAACACAUUAUGGCUAAACACACUGGAAACAAACCCUACAUGUGUGGGGAGUGUGGAUACAGGGCAGCUUACAGGUCUCACUUAUCCCGGCAUAUGAGAACUCAUACAGGAGAAAAACCCUACAUGUGUGACCAGUGUGACUAUUCUACUGCACGGAAAAGCAAUUUGGCAACACAUCGAACAAAGCACUCUGGAGACAAACCCUACAUGUGUGGGGAGUGUGGGUACAGGACAACCCAAAAGUCUACCUUAUCCCAACAUAUGAGAACCCAUACAGGAGAAAAACCCUACAAGUGUGACCAGUGUGACUUUUCUACUGCAUACAAAAAAUCACUGGACAUACAUCUAACAAAGCACACAGGAGACAAACCCUACAUGUGUGGGGAGUGUGGAUACAGGACAGUUAAGAAGUAUAUCUUAUCCCAACAUAUGCGAACCCACAAAGGAGAAAAACCCUACAAAUGUGACCAGUGCGACUAUUCUGCAGCUCUGAAACAUAGUUUAGACAACCACCUAAGAAAACACACUGGAGACAAACCCUACAUGUGUGGGGAGUGUGGAUUCAGGACAGCUUACAAGCCUGGUCUAACCCAACAUAUGAAAACCCAUACGGGAGAAAAACCCUACAAGUGUGAUCAGUGUGACUAUUCUACAGCAAAGAAAGGCAAUUUGGCAACACAUCGAACAACUCACACUGGUGAGAAACCCUACAUGUGUGGGGAGUGUGGGUACAGGGCAGCCAACAAAUGUAACUUGUCCCUCCAUGUGAAAACCCAUGCUAUAGAAAAACCCUACAAAUGUGAUCACUGUGACUAUUCUACAGCAAAGAAGUCCACUUUUGACGAACAUCUCACAAAACACACUGGUGAGAAACCCUACAUGUGUGAGGAGUGUGGAUACAGGACUGGUUACAGAUCUAAUUUUUCCCAACAUAUGAGAACCCACACAGGAGAAAAACCCUACAAAUGUGACCAGUGUGACUUUUCUGCAGCACAGAAAAGUUACUUGAAAGACCACCGAACAACUCACACUGGUGAGAAACCCUAUAUGUGUGACAAGUGUGGGUACAGGGCAGCCAACAGAACUAGAUUAUGCCAACAUAUGAAAACCCAUGCAGCAGAAAAACCCUACAAAUGUGACCAGUGCGACUUUUCUACAGCUCAGAAACGUAGUUUGGACAUUCAUCUAACAAAGCACAGUGGAAACAAACCCUACAUGUGUGACAAGUGUGGGUACAGGGCAGCUGUUAAGUUUAUCUUAUCCCAACAUAUGAAAACUCACACAGGAGACAAACCCUACAUGUGUGGGGAGUGUGGGUACAGGACAGCUUACAAGUCUCACCUAUCCGUACACAUGAGAACCCAUACAGGAGAAAAACCCUACAAGUGUGACCAGUGUGACUAUUCUGCUGCAGGAAAAUCCCACUUGGACUCACAUCUAAGAAGCCACACUGGUGAGAAACCCUACACGUGUGGGGAGUGUGGGUACAAGACAACCGAUAAGUCUAACUUAUCACGACAUAUGAGGAGAAAACAUGCAGGUAAAAAAGCUUAACAAAUGUACCUUUGUCCCUCAGACCAGUUGCGGAAAGAUCCAUUAAAAAUUCUGUUUGCUGUGCGAUGAUUUGAGUUAAGAGACUCUUUUUUACACAACCAAGUCUUUUAUUCAGCCAACAUUUCGGUGACCGUCUGUCACCUUCCU